AUGGUGGAAAGACCAAAGCAUGUGCGUCGAGCGCCAGACUGUUUUGCCUUUGAAUCCACUGCGAUAUCUAAUCUAAAACCAGCCAAAAAAAAGAAAGACAAUUCGUUGUAUGAGGUUGAGGUACAAGAAGUUGACAGAGACAGAAAUCUAGUGCAGAUUCACUACAAAGGCUAUAGUAGCAAAUAUGAUGAGUGGAGGCCAUUUGGAAAUGCUGAUACUGACGGCAAAUAUUUUCCCUUUGUGCGACAAGAAAAGGUACCAGUUUUAUCGGAAGCAAGUAUGAAUGAUAGAUCCGAUAUAUUGCGCUCUAAGUUGUAUAGAAAUUUUUUUUUUAAAAAGCUGUAUUUGUUGAAGAAGAAUGAUCCCCAAAUACGUAUUGAAAUUGACGCGCAGGAGGACGUUUAUAAUAAUGUUCUGGCAAGUUUGUCGACGAAAGCUUUUAAGGAAAGAGGACGACGAUUGGUGCAAUAUAUGGAAUCCAACAAGUGGACGAAGUUUUAG